AUGGCGCAUUAUGCGAUUCAACAAGAUGUCCGUGAUACUGCCUCCUCUUCAAGAACGUAUACAAGACGCGACGAUCGUGGUGAGUCUCACAACCGUCUUUUUCGAGAUUAUUUUGCCGAGGAACCGAAAUUCAAUGAGACUUUUUUUAGACAACGGUUUCGUAUGAGUAGACGGUUGUUUGUGAAGAUAGCUUCAGAUUUGGAAAACAAUUUUAGUUUUUUUCAAAGGAAGAUCGAUGCUCGUGGUAAAUGGGGGUUUUCGGCUUUACAGAGAUGCGCAUCUGCAGUUCGCCAGUUAGGAUACGGUAGUAAUCCCGACAGUUUAGAUGAUUACCUAAAUAUGUCGGAAAGAUCGUCACGUGACACCCUUAAUGCUUUUUGUGAUGGAGUCAUUAAGUUGUAUCGGCAUGAAUAUUUGCGGAGUCUUGAUUGUACACACUUGGGUUGGGAUAAUUGUCCAGUAGCUUGGCGUGGCCAGUACACGCGAGGUGAUCAUCACGGGUCGACGAUAUCGCUUGAAGCAGUUGCAUCACAGGAUUGUUGGAUUUGGCACGCAUACUUUGGUGUUGCCGGUUCAAACAACGGCAUUAAUGUGUUGAACCAAUCUCCUUUGUUCAAUCCUUUUGAAGACGGCACAGCACCGUUGGUUCCAUUCACUGUAAAUGGAACCGAAUAUCAGUACCCGUAUUUUCUUGUGGAUGGGAUCUACCAAGAUAUGCGAUGUUUGUGA